GAGGCUGGGAGUGAGCGGAGCUGCCGGGCCGGCGGGCGGAGCGAGCAGUGGCGUGCAGAACCGACGGUUCGGAGGCAUCGCGGAGCUGGGGUUGGCGCCGCGCAGAGGCAGGAGAGCGAGAGGGGUCCCUACCCAGGAGACGGGGGUGGGAGGCCUGAGGGAGGCGCCUGGCCUGGAGCUGAGCCUGGAGCCGUCCCGACCCGGCCGGCCCUGGGAGCCCGGGGGAGGGGCAGCCGAGUGAUCCCAAAGGGACACCGAGUCCCUUCCGGGUCCCAGUUGUCCUUUGAACCGCGUGCGGGGACCUGGUCCCCAUUUCCUGAGCCGCAGUGCGGACCACAGCCCCUUCAUCUGAGCCCCAGCAGGGACCCCAGGUCCCCCUCCUGAGCCUUGGGGGUGCCCCUCAGCCCCUUUCUCUCAGCCCCUAGGGCAGACCUUCUCUGGUCUGUUCUCUGAAUGGCCAGGGAGACCCCCCUACUCCCCUCUUCCUGAAUUCCAGCAGGUCCCCAGCUUCCUGUCUCUGAACCCCAGCCAGGACUCUGCUGGUCCCCCCUGUGAAAGUUGGGGGAAUCCUACUGCCUCUCUGAGACUCUGAAGUAAUUCUGACCUCCCCUUCUGAACUCCCUGCACCCCAGUUUUUCCUCUUCUGAACCCCAGAGGGGACCCAACUUCUUCCCCAGACUCUGAGCCCAAAGAAGCCAGGAAGCAUCUCCUCUCAAACACAGAGAGGACCUCAGCUCCCCUUCCUGUGUGCCCCAAACUCUGAGCCCUAGUGGGAAGCUCGGAGUCCCACCCCCCCCCCCCCGCAAGGAAACACAGCUUCCCCUUGGUGACUCCCUCCAGUGGGGACCCCAGAGCAGCCCCUCAGAGCUUCAGCUGACACUCAGUUCUCCUGCUUCUGGAGCUCUCAGGCCCCCCUCCUGGGUACCCAGGCUCUAACCGUGAGGCUGGGGGCACCUAGCUUUAUCUCUAGUCUCAUCUUCUUUGCUGAGCUUCUGUGGGUACUCCAGGCUCUUCUCUGAAACUCAGAGGGUUCCCAGCAGAGGAUCUAGGUCCCAGAAGUGACCUGACUUCCUCAUUUGAGGUUCCAGGGAGGAUUCAGAUCUUCCCAUUUCACAGACCAGUGGAAACUGAGCCCCUCACCCGCCUCAAGACCCCAGGCGCUUCCCUCCCCACUCCCCGCCCUCAGGAGCCCACCUCAGCUCUGCCUCCUUUGCACCUGGGCCCUAUCGCCCGCGACGAGGAUGAUGAUGUGGUCCAACUUCUUCAUGCACGAGGAGGACCGCCGGCUGGGGGCCGUGGGCCGGCGGCGAGCUCACGGGGCGCGCAAGGCCAGCAUGACCCCUGAGCACGAGGGGAAGAUCAAGCUGGCGCUGCUGCUGACCUCCGUGGGUGCCACGCUGGCAGUGCUGGCCGUGGGCACCGAGUUCUGGGUGGAACUCAACACCUACAGGGACAACCGCAGUGCCGUCUGUGAUGCUGCCCACCUGGGGCUCUGGAAGAUGUGCACCAAGCGACUGUGGCAGGCGGACGUGCCCGCGGGCAGGGACACCUGCGGCCCAGCGGAGCUGCCCGGAGAAGCAAACUGCACUUAUUUUAAAUUCUUCACCACGGGAGAGGAUGCUCACAUCUUCCAGAGAACCACAAAGAAAGAGGUAAAUCUGGCAGCUGCGGUGAUAGCAGUGCUAGGCCUGGCAGUCAUGGCCCUGGGGUGCCUCUGUAUCAUCAUGGUGCUCAGCAAAGGUGCAGAGUUCCUGCUCCGGGUUGGAGCCAUCUGCUUUGGCCUCUCAGGCCUGCUGCUUCUGGUCAGCCUGGAGGUGUUCCGCCAUUCCGUGCAAGCCUUGCUGCAGAGAGUUAGCCCUGAGCCCCCCCCGUCCCCAGCCCUGACCUAUGAAUACUCCUGGUCUCUGGGCUGUGGCUUGGGGGCCGGCCUGGUCCUGAUCCUGGGGAGUGGCUUCUUUCUCCUGCUCACCCUGCCUCCCUGGCCCUGGGGCUCCCUCUGUCCCAAGUGGGGGCACAGGGCCACCUAGGGCCACCAUUGUGCUUUCUCUAAGCAACUCCCAAACCCUUCUCCUUUCUCCAUCGUGCCCCUCAGAAUCUUUUGCCCCAUGUCCUAGAGAAACUGUGUUCUCCCUGCCCUGGGGGCCCAUGCUGUUUGCACAGAACUGCCCCCCAUGCCCUCAUCUUUUUUCUCUGUAAAUAUGUUUUUCUCGGGGGCUAAAUUUGGGUUGCUUAGGAGUGGGACGGGGAGAGGAUUUUUGCAAACGAGGGUCCCCAGGGAAGGCUGGUGGGGACCUGAUGGGGUAACUAGGGAGUGGGGGGGUGG